CUCCCCGGCCUCCCUAUAAAAGCCCUCCCCUAGUUUCAAGUCCAUGCAUCAAUUCAACAACACCCUCCAUUAUUAUCUAUUUAUCAUCUAAUCUAAUUUGUAUUCUAUACAAUAUAUAUACAUAUACAUACUUUCCCGGCCGGCCUCUUCCUCGAUCAUCAGCUUUGGCAAUGGCGGCAAGGGUUAUUAACUCGUCAUCAGUGUGGUUGGCGGCGGCGGUGGUGUGCAUGCUGGUGGUGGCUUCAGCCCCCCACGGUGGUGAGGCGGCGGGCAUCACUUGUGGCCAGGUGGUGACACCCCUUAUGUCUUGCGUAUCUUACUUGCAGGGGAACGGCGCCUCGCCGCCGCCCCCAGCUUGCUGCCAAGGCAUCACAAGAGUAAACAGCCUGGCGCGCACCACUCCCGACCGCCAGACCGCUUGCAAUUGCCUCAAAAACACCGCCAUGAAAUUGAACGGGCUCAAACCCGAUCUUGCCGAGGCCCUUCCCGCUAAAUGCGGCGUAAACAUUCCUUACAAAAUCAGCAUGACCACCGAUUGCACCAAGGUGAAUUAAUUGACACCGGCAGUUGACGGUGGACAUCAUCAGAUUGAAUCCACCAACCAUUUCAUUUCCAUGCAUGUACUAGCUAGCUAGCAGCUACUAGUAACAAUAAAAAUAAUAAAUACGUCAUGAUCCUAGCUAUUUCAAUCCCUUUUGGGAUCUGAUUGAUUAUUAGGAGCAUGCAUGCAGUCAUAUAUCAGUACCUAUGUUGUGUUGUGUUGCAUUGUAUUGUGUUGUGUUGUGUUGGUUGUUGUUCUCUUUUUUUCAUUUUGGGCAACUGGUUGAUCACCAUGUGUCAUGUUAUCAUGUGUGGGCGUUCAAUUCAUCAAGAAAUAUAGUAUUUGUAUUUCACUUUAAUUUCUCAGAUAGAGUACAAGUUUUA